GAGAAGGAGGAGCGGCGGAGGCAGGCAGGCGGGCAGGCGAGCGGAGAGACGCAGGGAUCUGGUGUGCCACAUCGGGAUGAGAGCGAGGCUGAGAUCCGGGUCGAGUGAGUCAGCGAGUGGACCUUGCAAUCACAGCAUCCUUAAAAACUGACUGAUUCUGGACGGAGCCGAGCGGCACAACAAUACAUAAACUACCGAACAUUUUUUUUUAUUGUUGUUGUCAUUUUUCGCUUGUCUUUAUUAUUCCGCCCUCCCUCGGUCUGCGCCUGCCAUAGCCUUAAUUCUGAUUUUCAUUUCCACCAAGCUGGGUGAAGCGGGGGGGUCCGGUGAGGUAGCGGUGUAGGAGGAGGUGGAGGGUUUAUUAAUUUUUUGCUGUUGUUAUUGUUUUCGUACGAGCUCAUAUCUGAAGGCAAACCCAGACGAGCCUCAUAUUUUGACAGCCUUUUGUUGCACUGACUGGAAGCGAAGAUGUCGGGGCAGAGCAUUACGGACAGGAUAACUGCAGCCCAGCACAGUGUAACGGGAUCCGCCGUGUCGAAAACAGUAUGCAAGGCCACCACGCACGAAAUAAUGGGCCCGAAAAAGAAACAUCUGGAUUAUUUGAUUCAUUGCACCAACGAGAUGAACGUGAACAUUCCCCAACUGGCUGACUCGCUGUUUGAGAGGACCACCAACACCAGCUGGGUGGUUGUGUUUAAAUCCCUCAUCACUACACACCACCUCAUGGUCUACGGUAACGAGCGUUUUGUCCAGUAUUUGGCUUCAAGGAAUACACUUUUCAACCUCAGUAACUUCUUGGACAAAAGUGGAUUACAAGGCUAUGACAUGUCUACAUUCAUCAGGAGGUAUAGUCGAUACCUAAAUGAGAAAGCAGUUUCAUACAGACAGGUUGCCUUUGACUUCACAAAAGUUAAACGCGGAGUGGACGGCGUAAUGAGGACCAUGAAUACAGAGAAGCUGCUGAAGACUAUCCCCAUUAUUCAGAACCAGAUGGACGCCCUUCUCGAUUUCAAUGUCAAUGCCAACGAGCUGACUAAUGGAGUCAUCAAUGCAGCCUUCAUGCUGCUCUUCAAAGACUCCAUCCGGCUCUUUGCUGCUUAUAAUGAAGGCAUUAUCAACCUGCUUGAGAAAUACUUUGACAUGAAGAAGACUCAGUGCAAAGAAGGUCUGGACAUCUACAAGAAGUUCCUCACUCGAAUGACCCGGAUAUCAGAAUUCCUGAAAGUAGCAGAGCAGGUGGGAAUCGAUCGAGGAGACAUUCCAGACCUUUCACAGUUCACAGUUUGUGCUCCUAGUAGCCUUCUCGAAGCUCUAGAGCAACACUUGGCCUCUUUAGAGGGCAAAAAGGUCAAAGAUUCCACUGCAGCCAGCAGGGCCAGCACUCUGUCCAAUGCUGUGUCAUCACUGGCCAGCACAGGGAUGUCUUUCACUAAAGUCGAUGAGCGAGAGAAGCAGGCGGCUCUCGAGGAGGAACAGGCUCGACUCAAAGCUCUCAAGGAACAAAGGCUUAAAGAGCUCUCCAAGAGGCCUUCAUUUGCCACGACUGAUACAUCACCAAUCUCCACCACUGGGGGCACUAUCAGCACAGCACCAGCCAUUGAUCUCUUCUCUACACCCAGCUGCUCCAAUGGUGCAGUGAAGAUGGAGAGCGACCUUUUUGACCUGCAGCCUACUUUCCAGCCCUCCAUGCAAUCAGGCACCACAGGGCUUCCAGCAGCGACAGCAUGGGCAGAUCCUUUCACGUCUACUGAAGCUGGAGAUGAUUCCAUGCCAAACCUUAACCCUUUCCUCUCAAAACUCGUUGUCGAUGCCACUCACUUACCUGUCGUGUCUUCAGACGGUGUUAGCUUUUCCUCUAGGACAUCUGGUCAUGAAGUGUUUGGUGAUCGUUACAAUCCCUUUAUUGACACAAACUCAUCCGUUUCAACCAAUUACAAACGCACAGUGCGGAUAGAGCACUCCAUCUCAGACUCCUUCUGUGGUCCAGUGUCCAUUGCCCAGCACCUCCCACAUCAGGCUCCCUUCCCCACUGAGCCCUCUUCUGUAGCAGGUCUAUUCAGAGGAUACUCAACACCACAGGCCCCUCCACAGCCAUCAGCGGGGGGACUGCAAGUGGACUUUGAGUCAGUUUUUGGAGCCAAAGCCACAGGCAGCAGUAGCCUCAAUUCUGAUGAUAUUACUGGGGGUAUCCUGAAACCGACUCUUGCCGGCUCUAACCAGCCGUCCAAUCAGCAGCCAGAGAAGUUGGUGUCAGAUGACCUUGACUCCUCCCUGGCCAACCUUGUGGGCAACCUCGGCAUUGGAAAUGGCACGAUGAAGAAUGACAUCCACUGGAGCCAGCCAGGGGAGAAGAGGAUGACCGGCGGCACCAACUGGCAGCCCAAGGCGGCGCCAACUACGACCUGGAACCCUGUCUCCAUGCCUCCGUCGAUCAUGGCCUUCCCUGCCACCACACCCACAGGCAUGAUGGGAUAUGGCAUGCCUCCACAAAUGGGCUCUAUGGGGAUGAUGAAUCCGCCCACCAUGAUGUACUCCCAGCCGGUCAUGAGGCCACCCAACCCCUUUAGCUCUGUGUCUAGUGCUCAGCCCUCUGCAGCCUCUAGUCCUUCCAGCCAGAGUCCUCUCCGAGCCCCUGGACAGGACCCGUUUGCACACCUCUCUCUCAAGGAUUUCUUGUAGAGCAUCUCUUUAGAUGCAGUUCAUGUAAUUUGAAGGAAGUGACUCUUGGAAGAUGAAAGCACCCAAGCAGCAAAACUUUGUCCUCGUUGCAGUCUUCAGAGAAACAUUCACACAAUGGUGCAGCGACUGUCAGAAACCAUGCUAACAAUGUCCAGAUGACGUUUGGCGAUAGCUCACACCCAUUAUUCUAUAACUUGUCCGAGACGUCGAGUGAUGCUGCUGUCUAACCCACCCACCCCUUAAGAGGACUCCUUAUCCGUUUUACAGUGUAAUCUGUAAAGAUAGUUUUGGGUGCUGAGAAACUUAAAUGUUGAUGUAUUUGGACAUGCUGUGGUUGGAUAUAAAGGGUUGAUGUUCAGAGGGGAGGGAGUGGAAGGGAAAGUAGAGCAGUCCUUCCCUUUCUUGAU